AUGUUGAUCAUCACUAAUUGCUUAGCUGACCUCCUGAGGUUGAAGUGUGCCAAAAAAGCGGGCAAGCUGCGCCGUAAAGGGGUAGCACGGGCUUCGCGCGAAGGCCUCAAGAUUUCGGACGCGACGGCCCUGGACCUGCGCGCCCAGUCGCAAGCCCAUCCGGAUUUUGUUGGCCUGGAGCAGCAGCACCACCAUCAGCAGCAGCACCAGGUCCAAAGUCCGGAUCACAUUACCCAUCACCAGAACAGACACCUGCUCCAGCAACAUCACCAUCAUCUCGCAAACCACGCUGGAGAUUCGGGGGGUGGGUUAGGCGGCGGAGGACCGGGACCUGGUAUCAGUCCUGGGCUCACUGUCGACCCGAAUUCUGUCAGCAUUCAGAAUCAGGUCGCAGUGGCCGCCGCAGCCAUCGAGGAGGCUAGGAGGCUCCAAGAGGAAGACGAGGACAUCACAGAAAGGGAAGACGAGGAGGAAGACGAGGAGCCGAGUUCUCCUGAGCCGGACCUUGAGCCGGACCAAGAGCCCAUGGAGGUCCAGGCCUCCGCGAACUCCCAGCAGCAGUCAUCGCCUGCUCCUACGACGCCGUCGCCGCAUCAAAGAGAGCACCAGGGCACAAUUAGCUCGUCUAUGGCCCAGAGUUUGCACAAUCUUGCUCAAGCUCAAGCUCAAGCUCAAGCUCAGCAGACGAUGUCGCAGGCUUCGAGUCCGUCGCUGACCGUCCAGGCCGUCCAGGCUGCUCAAGCGCUUAAUCAGAAUCUUGGACAGGCACUGAGUCAGGCGCUCAGCCAGAAUAUGCAGCAGAACCUCGGACAGACGCUUCAGCACAAUUUGCAGAGUCUGUCGCCCCAACAGCAGAUGAAUCAGCUGAACCAGCCGCAGAAUCUGAGUCAGAGUCAGAAUCUUCAACAGAGCUUGCAGCAAAAUCAGGCGCAGAAUUUGAGUCAGUCUCUGCAACAGCAAGCUCAGAAUCUGAGUCAGAAUCUUCAGGGGCUUAAUCAGCAGGCCCUUCAGCAGCAGGCGCAAAAUUUAAGUCAGAGCUUGAAUCAGCAGAGCUUGCAGCAGCAGGCUAUUAAUAUGGCGGGCAUGAAUCAGAAUGGAGGAGUUCCGGGGAUGAAUGUUCAGAAUCAGCAGAAUUCGCAGAAUUCUAUGAUGAGUCCCGGGACGGGCAGUCAGGACUCGCAUGACGCUACUCUCACGGAAAAACUUGUCAAUGAACUUCAGUCAAAAAAUCGCAAAAUUGCUAAUUUUCGGAGUUUAAAAUUUAAAAAAAAUUCUGUUGGUGCAAAAAUUAUAAUUUCCAGUUUGAGAGUUUGA